CUGUGCGCGUACCUACUUGACUCGCACUCUUGCGAAGAGCAGUCAGAGACAGACGGAACACAGCCACUCCUCAGCUAGAGGCCGAGCUCAGUAGUCCUUCUAAACGAGAGGGCAAUAAAAUAACCCGGGUCUAUAACACCCCUCACUAAUCUAUCGUUGUUAUACACUUCUACUUGACCUCUGCAACCUGUUUUAGGAGCUGCGACUCAGCCUGUCACCCGCCCACACCUCCUGGCCUCCCUCCACCUGGGUCCUGGAGCUCCGCCGACCGACCGACCGACCGAGCGAACCCAGCUGCAGGCGAAGGAAGCACCAUUAUCCUAUUCCUCGUUCUAACGGCAACCGAUACACAACCGGUAGGCACGCGAGAGGUAUGAAAAGGCAAAUCCGAAUGUGUGGUCAUUCAUCUCUAAUCUAGACUACCCUAUAUCUAUAAACGAAAUUAUAAAAAAAAAAAGACAGAAAGGUUUUCAAUUACAGAAAGCAAAACAGAAACGGUAGUUUAAUUUUUUUGGGGGGAGCUUCGCAUCAUCUCGGUAUUUUCUCCAGCUGCGCUCAACUCGAACCCCCGUUCAGUUUCCUUCCAUCCAGAUUUGUGUCCACUGAAUGAAGACUCUUUGGCACCUUGCGGUUUUUUGCUGGUUUUGUUCUGAAGUUCUGACGGACCGUUUUGACUCUGGAGCCGUUUUCUAAUAGACUGGGACCGAGAAACAUCCGUCAUUCUAACAUAUCGAGUGGACUGGAGUCAGAGACUGACUGGAAAUUAUUCAUUUUUUGCCCUCAACACCGUAACGCAUGGUGGGAAUUUCUGCCUCUUUUCAGUAAUACUGUCACUGUGGACAGUUCUAUCACACUGAGAAGUGCUCCACUAUGCCCAACUCACCUGCGGAUGUGAAAACACAAUCCAGGUUAACUCCAUCCACCAUGCCUCCUCCUCCUCCAACCACCCAGGGAGCCCCUCGAACCAGCUCCUACACACCUACUACAUUAACCAACAGCAACAACAGCCACUCCCCCACGGCGUUAAAUGGAGCUCCCUCGCCUCCCAACGUCUUCAGCAACGUGCCUAGCUCCUCCUCUUCUUCCUCGCUGGCGAAUCAGCUGCUCCCUCUGGCGUGCGGCGCCCGGCAGCUCAGCAAGCUCAAACGCUUCCUCACAACUCUACAGCAGUUCGGCAACGAUAUCUCGCCCGAGAUCGGAGAACGCGUCCGCACGCUGGUGCUGGGGCUGGUGAAUUCCACGUUAACCAUAGAGGAAUUCCACUCCAAGCUGCAAGAAGCGACCAACUUCCCGCUUCGACCUUUCGUCAUCCCGUUCCUGAAGGCCAACCUGCCACUCCUACAGCGGGAGCUGCUGCACUGUGCUCGUCUGGCCAAGCAGAACCCAGCUCAGUACCUGGCCCAACACGAACAACUCCUCCUGGACACCUGCUCCACCACCUCCCCCGUCGACUCCUCAGAACUACUCCUCGACCUCAACGACAACGGCAAGAGGAGAACACCUGACAGAACCAAAGAGAACGGCUUCGACAGGGAUGGUCCCCUGCACCCGGAGAAUUCCAGUAAGAGACCCUGUACGAUCAGCCCGGCAGGCCAACGGUUCAGCCCCUCCAACGGUCCCCUCCCCUACCAAUCUAACGGCCUGGCCCAUUUACACCCCACGCCGCCCCCACAGCACUACCGGAUGGACGACAUGGCCAUCACACACCAUUACAGAGACUCACCACACUACCGCCACCCCAACCACAACCACCGCGAGCUCAGGGAGAGACCACGGCCACUGGGGAUGCACGGGGCUCGUCAGGAAGAGGUGAUCGACCACCGGUUGACAGACAGAGAAUGGGGGGAGGAAUGGAAGCACCUUGACCAUGUAAGAAAACUGCUGAACUGCAUCAUGGACAUGGUUGAGAAGACGAGGCGAUCUCUCACCGUGCUGCGGCGCUGCCAGGAGGCCGACAGGGAGGAGCUUAACUACUGGAUCAGACGAUACAGCGACGCGGAGGACCUGAAGAAAGGAGGCAGCAGGACCCAGAGCAGACAGCAGAGUCCUACAGGACAAGAUAACUACACUACAGAGAUUCACCGGGAUCUUCUCCACAGACCAGUGAUGACCGGAUACGUGCCUGAAGAGAUCUGGAAGAAAGCUGAAGAGGCUGUGAACGAGGUGAAGCGCCAGGCCAUGUCGGAGCUCCAGAAGGCCGUGUCAGAGGCGGAGAAGAAGGCCCUUGAGAUGAUCAGCACGGAGCGGUCCAAGAUGGAGCGGACGGUGGCCGAGGCCAAGAGACAGGCAGCGGAGGACGCACUGACUGUCAUCAACCAGCAGGAGGACUCCAGCGAGAGUUGUUGGAACUGCGGGCGGAAGGCGAGCGAGACCUGCAGCGGCUGCAACACGGCUCGCUACUGCGGCUCCUUCUGCCAGCACAAGGACUGGGAGAAACACCACCACGUGUGUGGCCAGUCCCUCCAAGCCUCACAGGCCUCACAGGCCGCUCAGCAGCAGCAGCAGCAGCAGCAGGGUACAGAGACCUCCACUACACCCUCUAGUGGAGGAGGCAGCCCAGCCGGAACCCCGCCUGCCACCCCAGGAACCCCCUCUACGCUGGAAACCACACCGCACUAAACCGGGGAGCCACCCGGGGGGAGCCGUCGGAGACUCCCAGUAGCCCAACAUGACUGGCUCACUUGAUGCUAAAUGCUAACGCGCUAACGCUGCUUAUGUUGGAUUAGUGGAGCUUCCACACAACACAGGAGGUUUAUACAUGUAGAUCAGUCACAUUGACUUGUCAUGAUUAACUAAGAACACAAAGAUAUUAUUUGUUUGAAUUAUUAUUAUUAUUAUUAUUAUUGUUGUUGUCAAUAUCCUUAUUGUUACUAUUGCUGUUAUCAUCCGUUGUCGUCUGCGUUUUGUUGUCGUUGUUGUUGAUCGUUGUUGUCAUUGUUGCUUCUCUUACGUUGUUUCCUGUAAAUAUGAAUCAAAAGAAGGCCGACGCGCUACAGCGAAUGAAACGCCAGACAAAUACAUACGUGGACCUCCCCUCUGUGUUUAGUUGUGCUUUCUAAAUGUGCUGUUGUUUUCCUGUGCUACCUGGGAUAUGAAACUAGCUGACCUCAUUCAGACAACAUACCAAUGGAAUAUUACUACAACACAAACACACGGACGGACGGACGGACGGACAGGUGGAUGGUAUCCGUGGGUUGCAGACAGAAGGAUGGUAUCCGUGGGUUGCAGAUAGAGGGAUGGUAUCCGUGGGUUACAGACAGGUGGAUGGUAUCCGUGGGUUACAGACAGAGGGACUGUAGUUGCCAGCAGCAAGGUGUAGAUGUGGAGCAGACUGUAUAGGAACCACAGCUGUUCUUCUAGACUAGAAAUAAUAUCCAGGUCAGUAGACGGACCAACACAAAGAGGUCUCCCUCCCUGAGGGAUGGAGGGACGGAAGAGCAAGGAACCAUUCGAAAAUUACCAACCCUGGAUACCGAGAUAUACCAAGAUAUAACUGAUACCUGACCGCAGUACACGGAAAGAAGGACUCUGUCUGAAGUGUGUUACACCUGCACUUACUAUCUCUCUGUUCCAAACCAGGAAGUGAACAGAAUGUAAGGUCAUUAACCUGCGCCAUGGAGACUGCCAGCUCCUCACUAUGACAACCACCGGGAAACAAAGGGCUGAAGAGAUUACCCUAUGAAUCAGUGAGAGAAAACCCAACUCUACUCUCUCUCUGUCCUGCCCAUCUACCCUGAACCCAACUCUACUCUCUCUCUGUCCUGCCCAUCUACCCUGAACCCAACUCUACUCUCUCUCUGUCCUGCCCAUCUCCUCCAUCUACCCUGAACCCAACUCUACUCUCUCUCUGUCCUGCCCAUCUACCCUGAACCCAACUCUACUCUCUCUCUGUCUUGCCCAUCUACCCUGAACCCAACUCUACUCUCUCUCUGUCCUGCCCAUCUACCCUGAACCCAACUCUACUCUCUCUCUGUCCUGCCCAUCUCCUCCAUCUACCCUGAACCCAACUCUACUCUCUCUCUGUCCUGCCCAUCUCCUCCAUCUACCCUGAACCCAACUCUACUCUCUCUCUGUCCUGCCCAUCUACCCUGAACCCAACUCUACUCUCUCUCUCUGUCCUGCCCAUCUACCCUGAACCCAACUCUACUCUCUCUCUGUCCUGCCCAUCUCCUCCAUCUACCCUGAACCCAACUCUACUCUCUCUCUGUCCUGCCCAUCUACCCUGAACCCAACUCUACUCUCUCUCUGUCCUGCCCAUCUACCCUGA